AAGACGGUGAAAAGAAGACAUAAAAGGCCCGAAGGCCUUGGUUGCGUCGUGCGCGCUACGCGACUCAAAUAACUCGCAAAGGCCCAUAAAGCCCAUGGCUGAAGCAAGCAUCCUUUCAUUGGCCCGACAGUACAACCACUGAGCCCACCGGCGGCGCCUCUCCUGCAGCCGGCAGCCACGAGACAACGGAAGGGGCCAGCCAUGGCGACGGCGGAGAACAAGAGGCCUCGGAGCAGCGGCGGCGUGGAGAGGCCGCCGAGUAGGAAGGAGAUAUUGGGGAGGAAGAAGGCCAUCAAAGAACUUAUAAGGAAAGCUGUAGCUGUGAAGGACCAUCUUGCGCAAUUCCCGGAUUUUCAUAAAUACGAGAGAAGUGGUUUUUCGAUCUACUUGGAGUCUGGGCAUGGCAAUCAGCUUCCAGUGCCAAUGAGGAAGUACAUCCAAAAUCUUCUCAAGGCUAACAUGAAGGGAACUUAUGGAUCAGAAUGGACUUCAGAAGAGAAAAUUAAGCGCCGGGAAAUGGUUGCUCCAGAAGCACGAUAUAUCCUGAUCUGCCAAUAUGCAGACAGUGAUAUUGCCAAAUGUUUCAUGAAGCAAGAUUCAGGGGUGGAAUGUGCACAUGUGACAUGCCGUGGAGGCCGCUUGCUUGGUUUUGUACACUACAGAUUUGUUGUUGAAGAGGAUGUUCCUGUUCUUUAUGUGUAUGAGCUACAAUUGGAGUCUUCUGUCCAAGGGAAGGGGCUGGGGAAGUUCCUAAUGCAGUUGAUUGAACUUAUAGCUUGCAAGAGCCAAAUGGAGGCCGUGAUGCUAACAGUUCAAAAAUCUAAUACAGAUGCUAUGGCUUUCUACAACAAUUUGGGAUAUGUAAUAUCCAGUACCUCGCCAUCACGAGUGGAUCCACUGAUUGGAAUUCAUAGAAGCUAUGAGAUCUUGUGCAAGGCAUUUGAAUCUGAAGCCAAGUGCAAAUUGGAGGAAGGCAAGUAAUGCACGGGGGAGCACAACACGACUGUGGUUGCAUAACAAGCUCUGGCGGGAUGCGACAGCCCAUGUUUUUGUGAUUUAUUUGGAGUAGUACAGGAUGUUUGGUUUUAUAUCUUCAGAGCCAAGGUUUGCCGUACCAAACUUGUGAAUAUUUGUUCCAUUGGCAACUUUGACCAUAUUUACCUACCAUUAAUUAGGUUUGAUGGCAAAAUUUUGGUUUGGUCAUGUUUUCUUUGGCU